AUGUCAACAAAAUCAAAGGAUAUUGAUCAGAAGGAACAGGAGGAUGAUGAAAUGGAUGGACAUCCAGAUAACUUGGAUCAGAACACUAUGGAGGGCGGUCAAGGAUCAACUAGAUUGAUACUUAGUAUUGAUGGUGGAGGUAUGCGUGGUCUUAUUGCCCUCCAACUAAUAAGAUACCUUCAUGAUCAUCUUGGUAUUGACUUGGUCGAGAAGGCUGACUUGGUCGGAGGUACAUCCACUGGCGCAUUGCUCACAUUCGCCAAGAUCAAGGGAUUGUCCUACCAAGAGAUUGAAGACACCUACAAGAGUAUGGGUAAGAUUAUAUUCGGUGGAUUCUUCAAGAAGAUGCUCAACUUUGCAAGAUACCUAUGCUUUGGUGACAUGGCUGCCUAUGAGAAUGAGCUUCAACGAAUCUUUGGUGAUGGACUCAUGGGCAACUUCCAUCAAGAUCACAAGAUGUUCUUGCUUACAUCCAGUCUGGCAAAGGAUGAUAUCAACUACAUCACAACAAUCAUUUCAAACUACAACUCCAAGGACAAGGACAUCAAGCUGGUCCAGGGGAUGAGGGCAACAUCAGCCGCGCCACCAUACUUCUCUUCAACACAAUUUGACAACAAACGAUUCGUGGACGGUGGCAUCCUGGCCAACAACCCAAUAGUCAAGGCCAAGCAAGAGGCAGACAACAUGUACAAAAUAGGCACCAAGUUGAUCUUUGUCUCAGUGGGCACAGGCCACGUAUUGAAUCGUGCCACAUCAGACGACAGCUCAAUGUCCUUGGCCAACACGCUGGUCAACUGCAUCGCCAACUCACACUCAAUACACAAGGACUUCAAACAAGCGGUUGACAAUAAUCCAUACAUCAGUUAUCAUCGCUUUGACGUCCUACUCGAUCGUCACAUUGGACUGGACGAUCAUAGUGAGGCAGCCUACAAAGCGAUGGACCAGGUUGUCAAGGAGUACCUGGCUGAUGACAAGACAAAGGAGAAGAUGGACAACCUCAAGAAGGACCUUGAAGAGAUGAUACAACCAGGCACAACUCAAGCCUGA